AUGUGUGCGUGUAUCAUAACAAAAUGCAUGAGUUCGAACAGCGACAGUUCUUUAGAGCUCAUUGAGGACGGGUCCCCUCACUCUCUGCUGGAGACACCUUCUCCGGAUUACACGAAUGUCACCAUCAGACGGGCUUUCAUCGUGUGGAUGCUAUGCGGUCAGAAGAACAAGUUCAGGGAUGUGUGCAACUACUAUCACAGAUUGGAGUUAUUGGAGGAACAACUUCCGCCGAAUAAGCGGGCUACCAGUCGUCACUACGAAUUCAACAUGAUCAACAACCCGCCGCCGAAGUCGUCCUAUUUAAAAGCAUGUUUCCCGACUCUGUAUUCUGGUGUAUUCGCGCACGCACACGACCAGACCGACACCCACACAAACGAACGCUGCGAAUUCAAUAUCGGCGACUUGGACGAGAUAAAGAAACGAGAAGGAAUCACUACUGAAGACGUGGUUCAGGCCAGCGUUAUGAUCCGGAACUAUUGCAAGUCGCACGCAAUCUCUCUAGACAAAUUUUUGGUUGAGUUCAAAGACAUCGCCCGAAAAACUAACCUAAAAAUUAAUGUGAACAACGUCGUAUUUUACAUCAGGAGACGCUUGGUCGCUGAAGAAUUGAAGCUGGCUCUGCUUUGUCCGCGUACAAUGCACAUGCUCGACGAGGAUUCCUCAUGGAAACACGUAAAAGAUAUCACGAAGUUGAUCAGAGGGAAAACUCAAGUCCCGAAGAGCCUUCACAAUGAUAUGAUACAGAAGAAAUUGAAAAUUUUGACCGAAAACAUGAAAAUUGAGAACGAAUUAAUAUCAAAAAAGGGCAAAAACGACUAUUAUGACAUAAACGACAUUUUUUCGAAUAUGAAAAAACAAGUGACGCCCGUUGUUACUAAUGUUUUCGGAUUUAAUAAUUAUUCUCAGAAGGACUCUUACAAGCAUAUGACUGUCCCGAAGGAUUCUUACAAACAUAUCACCGUAGACGACUUAAUGAAGAAUUACAAUAAGCUCGGCGUAGGCAGCAACCAUAAGUACACAUUUAUGAACAUGACAAAGUUCGGAAGGAAUUGA